CCAGAUCAUUAGCUUAUAAAAUAUCUGUCACUACUGCGAGCGACUUAGAAACGUAUGUUACGUGGUUCCGUCGUUCCUUUAAGUGGCAAAUAAAAUUUUUCUCUUACUGUACUAUUACAGUAACGUUGGUUUCUUGAAUCUUGCAUCUGUCAGUGUUCACACUAUUAACAAUUAGUAAAUUGCAAGGAAGAAGUGAGAAAUAACUAUUUCUGUCGCUUUCAUGACAAAGUACUUUUCUCUAAAAUCAUAAUGGACACGGAUUCAAUAACGACAUCCUAUUUACCAUUUGUAACUUAUUCUCUGCUGGCACUCGUUGCGGUAUUAAUUGCAACAUAUUAUUACAUCGAAAACACUCGAGCAGUUUAUCUUAUAAAGAAACUACCAGGUCCACAAACCUUACCUAUUAUAGGUCAUGGAUUAUACAUUAUGCGACUGUCUCCUGAAAAUGUAAUAGAAAUGGGUCUUAAAUUACAUAAAGAGUAUGGAUAUCAAUCUGUAAUGGGCUUAUGUGUUGGUAGUGUAACUUUAGCUUUCGUGACAGAUCCAUGUGAUAUUGAAGUAAUCUUGAACAGUUCUGAUCAUAUUGAUAAAGCCCACGAGUAUAGGAUGUUCAAACCGUGGCUUGGAGACGGUUUGCUGAUCACAAAAGGUGACAAAUGGCGAAGACAUAGAAAGAUGAUUGCGCCCACGUUUCAUAUGAGUAUCUUGAAGACUUUUGUACCUUUAUUUUACGAGAACAGCAUAGAUCUCGUGAAUCGACUUCGGGAUAAAGUUGGAGAGGAAUUCGAUUGUCACGAUUAUCUAUCAGCCGUAACAGUCGAUAUUUUAACAGAAACAGCGAUGGGAGUUAAAAGGAAGAAAACCGGAUUUGAUUAUGCUAUGGCCGUGAUGAAAAUGAGCGACAUCUUACACCGAAGACAUAUUAGUCCAUAUUUACGAUUUGAUAAAGUAUUCCAAUUUUCGAAGUUUGCCAAGAUUCAAGAGAAAUUGCUUAAGACUAUUCAUUCAUUAACAGAACAAGUAAUCAAAGAGAAAUCAAACGAAUUCGAAGAAAAACUUACGAAAAGCCACCAAAUGAAAGACGUGCAAAACGAUGAACAAAGGAAACAUUUGAAUGCGACCGAAAAUACGAACGAUUCUAAAAAUAGUACCACUAACCAAAUGCAUUACGUAAGAGAUGAUCUCGAUGAAAAUGAUGAGAACGACAUAGGCGAGAAAAAGCGACUUGCUCUCCUAGACAUGAUGCUUGAUUUGAAAAAGAAGGGGCAAUGGACUGACGAGGAGAUCUGGGAAGAAGUGAACACCAUCAUGUUUGAGGGCCAUGAUACGACGGCAGCUGGCUCGAGUUUUGCACUUUGUGUUUUAGGAAGUCAUCCAGAUGUUCAGGCUCGCGUGCACGAAGAAGUAGACACAAUUUUUGGCGAUAGCGACAGACCGUGCACUUUCCAAGAUACUUUAGAAAUGAAAUAUCUCGAGAGAGUUAUUCUGGAAACUUUGAGACUUUUCCCACCGGUACCUGCAAUUGCCAGACAACUUAACGAGGAAGUGAAAUUAGUCACAGGCGAUUAUGUUCUUCCAAAGUCUACCACGAUAGUUAUCCCCCAAUUUGCAGUGCAUCGUUUAGAAAAAUAUUAUCCGAAUCCAAACGUUUUUAAUCCAGACAACUUUUUACCGGAAAAUAUGCAGAAGAGACCUUAUUAUGCGUACAUUCCUUUCAGUGCUGGGCCAAGAUCCUGCGUGGGACGGAAAUUUGCUAUGCUAAAACUGAAGGUUUUGUUGUCGACGAUACUGAGGAAUUAUCGUAUUAUUUCCGAUAAGCCAGACCAUGCUUUCCACCUAAAAGCUGACAUUAUUCUGAAAAGACAUGAUGGAUUUAUGAUCAGAGUUGAGCCGCGCAAACCAACUCCUUCUAAAUAGAAAUAGCCGGAAGUUAAUAAUGCUACAAGCAAAAACAUCUUACUAAGGCAGGUAGAUUUCUGUGUGUCGUAACAAAAAUUUAUCACUAUUUCGUUAUUUUGUUUGUUUUUAUUAUGUAUGUAUUUAUUAAUAUUUGUUAGAAAAUUGUUCGUAGCCUGCAAAACUUAUAGCAGCAAUAUUCUAGUAAUACUUUCUGGAAGGUUUCAUGACUAAAUAUUCACGUUGGCUAAAAAUAAAUUUCGAUAUCA